GAAGACUGCCGCUUCCGCGUCCGCGCACAGAACACAACACUAGGGCAAAAUGGACGAAAAGUUAAUAAUGGCUGUAUUUAGUCACCCAGAGCUAUUCAAUGUCACUUUACCGAACUACCGCUGCACGGAAAGUCGCACAAAUGCUUGGAGAAUGAUUAGCAUGGAACUGGGUCUGCCAUCUGAGGAUUGUAAAAGAAAAUGGAAGAACAUGAGAGACAGGUACUUGAAGGAAGUCCGAAUGGAGAUCAAGAGCAAGACGCAAGGCGAGUUUGCGCACAGUAGAUGGAAAUACAGAGAGAUUAUGAACUUUAUCGCACCUUUUACUGGAUCAAGAAGUGGCGUGGCAGACAUAAAUGACAAUGACCACGACAACGCUGAUGAGUCUGGCAGUGUUGAGGGAGAAACGUCAUCGUCUGAGGCGAUCAAGACACUGCAGUCCGCCCCGAAGGUCAAUAUGAAUACACCUGACCUCAAGCCCCCGGUGGCGUUUAUGUCGCAGCUCCCGUUGAUGUCUCAAGAAGCACAGAUGGCCCAGCUGGCUGUUCUGGCUAAGAUGCCAUUGAGCCAACACGGCCCCUCCACCAGCAAAACUGGACGUAAACGGCGCCUGAUGCAAGAGUCACUUCCACUGUCUCUUUCUCCAAUUGCUCCGUCCCCUACAAAGUGGCUGGUCAAAGACAAUGGCACCGUGUAUCCCAACAGGCCGCGGGAUGAGGAUGAACUGUUUCUUCUGAGCUUUGUACCCGCUCUGAAGCGACUUGCUCCACAAAAAAGGUGCGAGACAAAAAUAAAGAUCCAGCAGAUUAUGUAUGAAGCAGAGUUUAACAUUGCACAGCCUCAAGAGAAACAGUCGGAGCCAUCAGCGCAGGACUAAGCCAAAGGGACUAUUUUUCUACUAAUAGUUUUCUAAAAAUCUCUUCCACGAAAUGCCCAAAAUAUUUAAUAUUAUGUGGUUAGGGUUUUUUAUGUAAAAGAAUUAAUAAUGAAUAAUUUUACUUGCCAUUUAGCAAGUUGAGUUUUUCAAUACCACUGUAGUGUGUCUUGAUUUAGAUUAGAUGAGUAAGGUCAAUGAGAGAAUUAGGCCCUAAUAGAUUAGCACAUCAAUCAUGACAAAAGACAAACUAUGAUUUAACAAUUUUAUUUACAUAGCUUUACUGUCAAUAGAAUGAAUUCACAUUUUGAAAAGUGGUUUCAGGUUCAACCAGCAAAUCUUCAUUUCAGUAAUAAUUCUGUAAUAAUCUACAGUAUUUUACAUUAAAUUACAGUGACAGAGAAAACUGAGGGGAAAAAACGAUUUGGAGAGGAACACCGUUUCAUAAAUUCAUAUUUGAGCUGCUAACAUGCAUCAACAUAUUUAUUUUCAAUCCGAAAUAAAGAGAACAUUUCUAACAUUG